AUGGAAGAGAUCUGUGUUGUGACGACUGGAGGGAUUGUCCUUUACAGUAAAAAGUACAGCGAAGUCCGAGGAGAGCCAGUGAAUACGAUGAUAAAAGAAUAUAUAUUAGCGGAUAGGAGUGGGGAGUGUAAAGCUAAUAUAGAGAAUUACCAAGUCCAUUGGGUGACCAAUGUAGAAACAUCGACACUGUUUAUAGCUGUUCAUAUGAAGACUAUAAAAGUGGAUUAUUGCGAACGAAUGUUGAGUGAUAUUGAAGCAAAAUAUCGGGAUGAGUACCUUCCGAGUAAACACAUUUUAAAAGAGAGAAUUGAGGCGAUUGUGGUCAACUCGUUGAAAGAAAGCCAGGAGUGGUCAAGACAAGAAAAACAAAACAAAAAGAUGCGAACGUUUGCAGAGACAGAAAAGGGCGUUGAAAUAGCACAAAAACUUAAGAAAGAGAAGAAUGAAAAAAGUGACAAACAUGAAGAAAAAGUGGUCACUUCUGAAGGAGACGGCACAAAAUACACCUUUGCGGAGAUGUCCAAAAAAGACCUGAGAGCAAAGCCGCAAGAAAAUCAGCUUCAAAAGUGGAUAUCUGGAUUUAAAGGGACUCGUGUAGUAGAUGAAGGCGAGGCAACACAACAAGCAGAAAACAUGGAGAAGUUGUUGAUUGAGAAGAAUGUGAAUUCAGAAGUAGCGUCACAGAUUAAGUCGAACAUUCACACGUUACUCUUAGGGAAAAAGGUGGACACAUUUACUCUUCGAGGCACUGUGAUUCAAGGCGUUACUGAAGUUUUAACACGUAUUAUGACGCCAAGUAAUGUCAUUGAUGUUGCUAAAGAGAUCGAAGAGAAGAAGUCGAAAGGGGAAGUAUUUACUAUGGUCUUCAUUGGUGUGAAUGGCGUUGGUAAAUCGACUUCAUUGUCUAAGAUGGCAUGUUGGCUCACCUCAUUAAAUUACAAAGUAAUGAUUGCAGCGUGUGACACAUUCAGAGCAGGCGCUGUUGAUCAACUUGCAGUGCAUGCACAGCGGCUUGGAAUACCUUUAUAUGAAAAAGGAUAUGACACCGACCCUUCCGCAAUAGCUCGAAACGCUUUAAAACGAGCAAAAGAGGAUGGGUAUGAUGUUCUCUUAGUAGACACGGCUGGUCGAAUGCAAGGGAAUGAUGCUCUAAUGAAAGCUAUCGCCAAAUUGGUUCAUUCAGCUCAGACAGAUUUAGUUCUGUUUGUAGCAGAAGCUUUAGUAGGGAAUGACGCAGUGAAUCAGUUGACCACUUUCAAUAGAUAUGUCAUCGACUACGCCCCAGUCAAAACUACAAAGGGAGUCAGUGGGAUCAUUUUAACUAAAUUUGAUACUAUUGACGAUAAAGUCGGGGCCGCUAUUUCACUCACAUAUUGCACGGGUAUCCCUAUCCUCUUUGUUGGAACAGGACAACAUUAUACUGACUUAAAGCUUCUGAACGUUCAAGACUUGAUCGACUCUUUACUCAAGUAA